AUGACCAGCCCCCAGAACCAACAUAAGCGACUCAAGCGCACUUGGUCGGAUUUUGAAGAAGAAUCUAAGUUGGCCAUGGAGAAGGAAGCCAUGUUAGACUUGGAGGAGGGAUCGAUACCGGACAUAUGGAACGAAGGGGGUCCAGCUUUGUUACCCAGUGCAAAGUACCUCUGUCAGAGACAGGAGUAUGAUGAGAUGAUUGAACAUUAUUGGUCCAUGGCCUUUAUGGCUGGACCGCACAGGGGGUCUUCACCAGCAGAUCUCCAAAAGGAAUUCAUUAAACUUGAAAUGGAGGUUCACGGUUGGGCUUGGCGCUUUGGUGAAGAAGAUUCGAUGCUUCAUCUCUCCAGUGAUGACAAACAGGCCAUUAUCGCCAGCCUAGAUGGAUUCUGUGUCCAAGAGGACUGGGACAAGAUUCAUUCCUCUCUUCCUCCUGCCGCUCGCUCUGUGUUUGGAAAAGUGUUGCUAGAGACCAUGCUCAAUCAGUUCAUCUACAAAAAGUUUGCCACCUCCCCCUUUUGGUUUAUGGAUGCCAAGAUGGACGCAAUGGACCAGCCCGGGGAUGUCAACUUCAUUAAGAGACUUGACUAUAUAUACCAGAGGUUCAAAGAAAUAUUGCCCACAAACGCAGCAUGGUGGAAGUCAACCCUCGUGAGCAUCUGCACCGCAGCAAUCCAGUUUGUGGAUGGUCCCCGAUACUCAGCACUCGGCCAACCGAUGCAUGAACAUCGCAAAGCACUCGUGAAGUCCUAUGUGGACGAGCUGUGGGGGUGCCGACUGUUUCGACUCCUACUCAAAGAAUCGCUGAGCGAGUCGCUCCAGACAUUCCGCGAUGACAGACUCCACAUGAUUCUAGAGUUUGCGGCCGAAAAGCUCAUUGCUGGUCAAGCUAGUGUCUUUGGCAAUUUAGUGGUUGAGCGACUGCCUGAGCUUGCCAAGUUUGAUCACCAUUCGGACACAAUGGUAACCCAUCAUUUCCAUGCUGGCUCUGAGUCCCACCAUGGUGCUCAGGUUCUUCUCGUGGUAAGCUACAGCUACCAUGAUACGAUUGUGGGUAUGAAUUAUCUACCGGUACCUCCGAUCCAACUCAUACGGGCGGAGGUUCUGACGGCGCCAAUGGCGCCAGAGCAACACGCUCAAUGGGCAGCCGCUGCUGGCAAUGAUGACGCUACCCAGGAUGAGAGAAUCGACAAUGAGGAGGUGGACAAUGAGAGAAACGAACGAGAUGGAGAAGGCGAAGGCGAAAGGGAAGGAGAAGGGGGAAAGGAAAGAGAAGACGAUGAUGACAAUGACAACGAAGGUGAGGAUGAUAACAGUGACGAUGAAGAUUUUGAGGAUGACGAAUGA